AUGACUCCGACUAUUCUCGUCGUCGGUGCUACUGGCAACACUGGCAGGAAAGUCGUCGAGACUCUCCCCUCUCUGCCCAAGAGCUCCCAGUCUCUGUCAGGCCAUCGUAUCCUCUGCCUCACCCGCUCAGCUCAAAGCGAUGCUGUACAGAAACCAGCCAAAAUACCUGGCACCAAAUUGGUAGAGCAAAACUGGGUCAAUGUCAUUGCAGCUUGGCUCAAAGAGCACAAUGUUGAGAGAUUCUACGUCAACUGUCUUCGCGCUGGCGUCAAGUACGUCGUACGUAUAUCGACCACCGCGAACGCCGUUCGCUCGGAUUCGAUUGCGUAUUAUCAACGUGCUCACUGGGAUAUCGAGUCUCUGUCGAGCUCGCCUCCGUACGACAAGCUAAGAUGGACUUCCCUACAACCUCACAUCUUCUUACCCAUAAGUCUUGCACCAGCGGCAGAGUUCAUCAAGGAGUAUCGCAAGACCGGCCAGCAACAAAAGCUCUCUCUGUUCGUGGAUGAAAACACGCCUGCUGAUCUAAUUGAUCCAGAUGAUGUGGGACGUGCGGCAGUCCAUCUGAUCGCUUCUGACGACUUUUCGUCUUACGAUCACAAAAGGCUUGUACUCAAUGGACCCGAGGAGAUCACCGGAUCGCAGAUCGUGGAGCUCGUCGGAAAGCACAUUGGUGCAAAAGUGAAGGAAGUCGUGUGGAAUGACUCUUCUCUCAUCGAACAGAUGGCUGAACAGAGUCCGGAGAACAAGAACAUCAUUCUGGAUGUCAAGAAUGCUGCUCAAGAAUACUGGGAUUCGGGUAUUAAGGAUGCUCCGACUAGCAGGGAGAUCUUGGACUUGUGUCCGCCCAAACGUACGGCUACUGAUCCUUUAGAAGAAUUGCUCAAGCGAUAG